GCAGGGUGUGGAUCCGGAGCGGUCCAGAAAGGGUAGCCAGCACAGGGAGUAAUAACGGGAGAGGGGCGAAUAUGAGUUAAUGCUACCCGGGAAGAACACCACCUCGGAGGUGAAUAUCCUGCGAGAAAAAUCAGAGGAUUGAAUGAAAAUAUAGUUCAUUGUUUGACCUGGAGGUAUCAAAGGCGUCAGGAGCGUGAGGAGAGAGCAUCGAGACACAUACAGAAGCUCCGAAUUGAUUGCCAGCGAACGACUGCGUAGAAGACAGUAUGAGAGGGAGGUGACAGUGUUGAAAAGUCUAUUGCUUUUGAUCAUUUGGAUCUACGGAGUAAAGUGUUUUGUUUUCAAUGCACGUUUUUAUUUUACUUUCGCGGGGAUCAAGACUCACUUCCGGAAACCCACUUAAUUUUUUGUUGAGCAGUCGCUACAGUUUUUGAAUCCAAAACCGGACUAUUGUACUGUCGUCAAUGUCUUGUCAGACGAGAUACGUCAAUUCAAAUAAUUAAAAUAUUAUCUGGUAGAGUGCGGACCGGAUCUAUUGCUAUAAAUAUUAUAUUCAAGUAUUUGACAUUCUGUAGUUAACAAACAGCCUUUCCCACCCAAGUGAACUGGCGAGAGAGAAGGAUACAUUGUUGCUGCGUAUGAGGACGCGUCUCUGGCACAUCAAAUCAAAAUUGAAUAUUCACUUUUUUUAUCAUCAAGAGAUUCGCAUUGACUCUACCUAGAUCAGAGGCUUUGGAAUAGAGAGCAAGAAACUGAAACUGACACUAAAAACGGUUUUUACUUGUGUUGUGCCUUGGAAUACACUUACUUGCACAUGAGCACUUUGCUUUGUCAUAUUUAUUUUUGCAUGCACGUGUUUAUUUCUUCUUCCUGCACACGAUAACAUUUUUCACAAGCUAAAGGUUGUUGUCACUCGUGUUUUUAGUUCCGUGUCCCUCUCCUCCCACCUCUCGACCUGGCAGCGCUUAUUAAGGGCACCAGUUAACUGUGGACUUCGCUAGUUCCUUCAAGGGGGAAGGGUAGAUUUUCAUGUUUGUGCAUCUGGUGGAGGAGACAAAGACAAAAAGCUUUUACUGUGGAUGAUUUAUCUCUCUGAACUGUACCUGUUGUGUCACUGGAUUAAACCACCAGGUUGAAGUCUGGGAAAGAAAACAGCACAGAUGUUUUGGAUUGCUUUCACCUGUUUGUUUUUUGACUGAUUAGUUCACAAUAGGAUACUUACACGUAAUCUAAGAGGCCAAGGCUAUUUUUAGAGUGAUGGGGUAAAUGGUGGUAGUUGGAAAUUGAGACCCCCACACUCAGCUCACCAACACUUCCAGCUUUAGCUCUGGUUCCAUUGUCAGCUGCUGAAUUAUCAAAACUGGAAAUUCGAGUGGGGGUCCUGUCUCAGUCAAGCUCCCAGAUAUACAUCUCACCCUGCUCAACUUCUUUUUAUCUUUGACUGGAAUUAAACUUUUUUUUCAGCACGGAACAAGGAACAAUGCAUGAGAAACUGCACUUAUAAGAAGCAAACUUGAGUAACCAAAUAUUUUCUUCCCCAUAUACACAGAGAAGCACAUAUAUAUAUAUAUAUAUUAAAUAAGAAAUAGCUAUGAAUUAUAUAAGAAUAUGUAGUUUAAAUAAUUAUAUUAUAUUUUUACGUCAGAAAUAAGUAUUGUUGCCUGAAACCCAGUUCAUUGCCUUAGAGAAACAUAGUAAUAAAGAAUACAGAGGAAAGACGACGUGGAACUUUUUGGGAAACAAGUUAAUGGUGCCUUUUUAGUUUCGUUGGUUCCUAAUGUCUCCACCACUUCAGGAUUGAAUUGUUGACAAAGAAAUAUUUUUGUGUGAAACCCUUAUAUACCUGCCUUUCCGGUUCAAACCUGAGUUUUAUUGUUGUUGGAUGUAUAUUGCUGGAUUGCAGAGAUUUCUGAAGAGUUCUGAGCCGAGGAUUACCCCUUCACUCUACACUUGAUGCAUCCUCAUAGUUUUCUAAAGUAAUUUUUGGAAUCCCCAAAUUAUAAACUUUGACUUGAUUUCUGGGAUACAGCAGCCCAACACACAAGAGUUUCAGAUGGUGAUCACUUCGUCAGUGGAGGAGAAGCCACAGCCUUCUAACAGAAUGGUCGCAAACUUGCCGACCGACUCCUGGAUCAACAACCCAGAACAAAGUCGCUAUUUACCAACUCAGUCACACCUACUCCGGAAACCGACAAAAAGUGGAAGCAGCUCAGGAUGCAAGCCCCCCUCCUCUACCCUCUGCCAGCCUGCCGCCUUGGGCUUCUCCCCCGCUGAGCCAACCAUGUCGAGCCAGCACAGCCACCCCUCCUUCAGCAACAUCCACUCCAUGGCUGAACAGCAGCAGGUGCUGUCUGAUGCGACCAUACUGCAGAGGAGGAUCCCCCCAAGUUUUAGAGAUCCCGCCAGCGCACCGCUGAGAAAACUCUCUGUCGAUCUGAUCAAGACUUACAAGCACAUCAAUGAGGUGUACUACACGAAGAAGAAGCGGCGUGCCCAGCAGGUGCCCCCGGAGGACUCGAGCACUAAGAAGGAGCGGAAGGUGUACAAUGAUGGCUACGACGACGACAACUACGACUACAUCGUCAAGAACGGAGAGAAGUGGCUGGACCGCUACGAGAUUGACUCGCUCAUCGGCAAGGGCUCCUUCGGGCAGGUGGUGAAAGCCUAUGACCACCACGAGCAGGAGUGGGUGGCCAUCAAGAUCAUCAAGAACAAGAAAGCCUUCCUGAACCAGGCCCAGAUAGAGCUGCGACUGCUGGAGCUCAUGAACAAACACGACACCGAGAUGAAGUACUACAUAGUCCACCUGAAGAGGCACUUCAUGUUCCGGAACCACCUGUGCCUGGUGUUCGAGCUUCUCUCCUACAACCUGUACGACCUCCUGCGCAACACCAACUUCCGCGGCGUCUCUCUCAACCUGACCAGAAAGUUUGCCCAGCAGCUGUGCACGGCGCUGCUGUUCCUGGCCACGCCCGAGCUUAGCAUCAUCCACUGCGACCUCAAGCCCGAGAACAUCCUGCUGUGCAACCCCAAGCGCAGCGCCAUCAAGAUCGUGGACUUUGGCAGCUCUUGUCAACUAGGCCAGAGGAUCUACCAGUACAUCCAGAGUCGGUUCUACAGAUCUCCGGAGGUGUUGCUGGGCAUGCCCUACGACCUGGCCAUUGACAUGUGGUCCCUGGGCUGCAUCCUGGUGGAGAUGCACACGGGAGAACCCCUCUUCAGCGGCUCCAACGAGGUGGAUCAGAUGAAUAAGAUAGUGGAGGUGCUGGGCGUCCCUCCCAACCACAUGCUGGAUCAGGCUCCCAAAGCACGGAAGUACUUUGACAAGCUGUCCGACGGUCUGUGGACCGUCAAGAAGAACAAGGACAUAAAGAAGGUACUUUACCCCUCGGCCUCCGAGUACAAGCCUCCUGCGACGCGGCGGCUCCAUGAGAUCUUGGGGGUGGAGACUGGGGGUCCUGGCGGGAGGCGGGGCGGAGAGCAGGGGCACGCUCCCUGCGAUUACCUGAAGUUCAAGGACCUGAUCCUGCGCAUGCUGGACUAUGACCCCAAGACACGCAUCACGCCCUUCUAUGCGCUGCAGCACAACUUCUUCAAGAAGACGACGGACGAGGGCACUAACACCAGCAGUUCCACCUCCACCAGCCCGGCCAUGGACCACAGCCACUCCACCUCCACCACCAGCUCCGUCUCCAGCUCCGGUACGGGACACAGCAGUGGAUCUAGCGGUUCUUCCAAUGACAACCGGAAUUACCGGUAUAGUAACCGGUACUACAACAGUGCAGUUACUCACUCAGACUACGAGAUGCAGAGUCCACAGGCUCCAUCUCAGCAGCAGCUGCGCCUCUGGCCGGGUGGAGAGGGGGGCAUGGGUCCCCUGUCCAACAGCGGCAGUAGCGUUGGCGACCCCCCAUACCCCCAGCUGCUGCUGCACAAGCCGGCGGCCACACAGCACUCACGCCACUUCCUGGGAGGCGGCGGCGUCGGGGGCAUGAUGGAACCCCACCACCCGCACCCCAUCUACGGCGGUCACCACGGCAAUGGGCGGGGCCUGCGGCAGACAGGGCAGGGGAACCAGCCCCAGGGCCAGGCUUCACAGGGCCAGCAGGGCCAGCCCCUGAUGCCCAUCUCCUCCCCACAGAUGCCGGAUAGCAUCGAGCUCAGCCUCACACACCACCACCAUCUGGGUCAGUCUUCCAUCAUGCCGCCCCCAUCCAGCUUGGACUCCAGCCAGUACGGCUCCUCCAACCUCCACCUGGGCCUCUCUGCCUUUCGGACUAGGACGGUCAUGGCCCCCCAGCCGCCCCCCGCCGGCUCUCAGCAACAGUUGGCUCAGCCCCCAGCCUCUCAGGACAGCUUGGUCGCUGCCUCCGGGCUUGGAUACAUCCCCCCAUGUUACCCGGGAAGUAACAACAAUAACAACCCUCCCCAGGGUAGCGUGGUCGGGGGCGGGAUGCUCACUGGGGGGCCCCCACCCAGGGGAGUAGGGGGUGGGGGGAGGCCGGACUCUGAGGAGUCCACCAUGAUGGGUGUGUGCGGCAAUGGAGGAGGCGGUGGUCAGAACACGGCCAACUCUUGAUAAAUCUUGAACAAAUUCCAAAAGCCAUACAAUUUUAACAACGACAACAUUACAAUUUCAACACGCAUACAUACACAGUAUACACACUUGAGUUUGAAACAAAUACGGCCACACAUACAGUUACAGAGACAAACUUGUGAAAUAUCAAAGGAGUUUUGUUUUGUUUUGCAUGGGAGAGUAAGAGAGGGAGAGUAAGAGAGGGAGAGUAAGAGAGGGAGAGUGUAAGAGAGGGAGAGUAAGAGAGGGAGAGGGAGAGUGAGAAAGAGAGGGAGAGUGAGAAAGAGAGGAGAGAGUGAGAGUAAGAGAGGGAAGGCUUUGAAACCAUUUUUAUCCUUUUUUCAGUUUCUUUGUUUUUCUUUUGUUGAAGGAAAGAAACGGGGCUCAGUAGUUGGAAUGGAAAGUUUCAGAUAAGUUUGUUUUAUUGUUAUUAUUAUUAUUAUAUUAUUUGAUUUUAUGUGAUUUAAGGAAAGGUUUGCAGCGAGAUCUUUGUUGUGUGGGUUGUUUUUUGGAAUGAAGACCGCAAAGGUAAAUGAAUGGUUUGAAAAGUGGUAAUUGUUGGUUAAGAAGAGGGAGGCACGAGAGAGUACCCUUAUGCUAUUUUUAAAUUCUUCUUUUUUUUCUUUGUUUUUGUUUAGAUUUUCUGAAGUCUAGGUUUAAUUGUACAUGUUUUAUUUAUUAAACAUCACUACAUGAGGAGGAGGGUAAGUGGGGAGAUCGGAAGAGCGCUAAAUUGAGAGGUGGUUUAUUUAUUCAUUUUUAUUUUUAUUUAUACAGGUUUAGUUUUAUUUGCUGAUGGACAGAAAUCACUUGCGCAUACACAGAGAAACAAACAAACUAGGGUCUUUUUAGUUUGUUUUUCAGUUCAGUAUAUCUCACCCCCGAAACACACACACACUUUUGUUACAUUUUUUUCCUUCUCUCGCUUGACACUGGCUUAUAUAUCUGAAACUAUGAAACAGAUCAUAGAAAUUAAAUGAAGCAAAUGACAAAAACCGUAGUCACCACACAGUGAGAAACUAUACGAUGAGGUGGCUGAAACAUUUGACGAAGUGAGACGCUUUCAAGAGGAGAGGGGGAACAGAACUUCUUCACAAAAGGAGGAAGUGAUUCAAGAGGAACAAAAAACAACAAAACAUUUUGCCACAAGGAAAACCAAAAUGCUUCCCUGUUGUUUAAAAAAAAAAUAGUCUGCCUUCUACUUCAACAUCUAACCAGAAUCUUUCACCCUCUUUCUCUCUCUCUUUUCUUACUCACUUUUGUUUUGGACCGUAAACUACAGAAACGUAACACAUUUUGGGUUGGAGUAACUCUGGAUAUGCUAAGCCAAAUCUUGCUAACUCUCUCUGUCUCGAUCUCUCGCUCUCUUCUCCUCUCUGCCCCAUUUUUCUGUUGGAAGGGAAGGGGGCAAUAUAUAGCAGGAGGGAGGAGUACAUACUUAUGAGGGGACACUUUCAUGCCCUCCUUACCCCUACAGCCCCCGUGACUCUGACUUCUCUGGCCUCUUUUCUUUCUCCUGUCUUUUGUUCUCCCCUUCCCUCCCUCCUUCACGACACUCUGUGAGUGCUGUUUGCCAUCAAGUCAAAAAAAAAAGUGAACUACUUCUCUCUCGGCUGCUAUCUCCACUUUCAACCAUGUUCGGAUUGCUGCUAAAGAAAACAAACAGACAGAUAAAUAAAUAAAAAUAAACUUUUUAACCCUCCUGCUUCAGAAAAAAAUGGAAAAAUAAACCACUGCAUCUCAUGUAUUUAUUACUAUUUAACAAGAAAAAGAAAAGGUAAAAAUGAACCUGUUUUCUUCUGUUUUUUUGUUUGGUUGCCUUCUUCCUGCUGGUGAAAGUUGGGCAUUGACUAAAUGUAACAGUUAAAGGUGGUAUUAAAACACUGACUUAGUUUAAGUCAGCCACUGGGCGGGGCCUGAAUGGGGGAAACUGGGUAAGAAUAAAGUUGGAUAUAUAAGAAUAAAGAGUAUACUUUUGCACACAAAGGUCAAAUGCAAAUCACAGCUUUCUGCUUUUUUCAGCUUUCAGUCGACAGACCCUCAUCUGAGCAAUGUGCAUACAGUAGCAGGCCUACCACAAAGACAAACUGUUGAUGUGGCAAGCUAAGUGAUCACUGACAUGGCAUAAUAAAUCUGAGAUUUGCGUUUGACCUCAA